AUGUUGAACUCCAUUCCAUUCGUGCUUGCUCUAGCAGCCUACACUCAAGCUCACGCUGGACACGAGCACGAUCAAGAGCCACUAGCUGGCCCUCUGGAAAAGCUAUGGUACAACACGAUCCCGGGUGAUGGAGGCACUCAGGCAGACUCGGUCUUCUCGGGCAUCAGCACCUUCGGCAGGCUUCCUUACCACCCAUGCCUCGCGAACGAAGACGUCAAGUACGACCUUGCGUUUAUAGGUGAGCGUUGGGCAUUCGAGGCUCUUGGGGAUAUGGCUGACGGUACACUCCGUGGAUACCAGGCGCUCCGUUCGACACCGGUACCUCUUACCGCCCUGGUGCAAGAUUCGGCCCGUCAGGUGGUCAACAAGGUGUUUGAAGUGUCUUUGGGGCUCACCAAGACCCCUUCUAGUGGCGGUUACAACGUUCCGCUGGAUGCGAACCCCUUCCAUGACUGGGCAAAGGUCCUGGACUGCGGUGACAUUCCAGUAACAUCCUACGAUAAUGCCUUUGCUAUUCAUCAGAUCGAAGAGGGCCAUAACUCGAUCCUGAUGCGAGAGCCCGCGACCAAUGCAAAGGCCAAGGGCCUGUCAAAGAAAGGCAAGACCUUGCCACGAGUGAUUACGCUCGGCGGCGACCACACCAUCACACUGCCUCUUCUCCGCAGCAUGAACAGAGCAUAUGGUCCGAUCACGGUCAUCCAUUUCGACUCCCAUCUUGACACCUGGAGGCCGAAGGUGUUUGGAGGUGCCCCAAGCCACCAAGCCAGCAUCAACCAUGGGACAUACUUCUACCACGCCAGCCAAGAGGGCCUUUUACGCAACGACACCAACAUCCAUGCCGGCAUCCGCACGACUCUCAGUGGGUUAAGCGAUUACGAGAACGAUGGGUACUGCGGAUUCCAUAUCGUGGAAGCGAGGGAGAUUGAUACCAUUGGGACGGAAGGCAUCAUCAAGAAGAUACACGAGCGAGUCGGCCACACUAACCCCGUCUACCUCUCCAUUGACAUCGAUACGCUCGAUCCAGCAUUCGCCCCAGCGACUGGGACGCCUGAAACUGGCGGAUGGUCCACUCGUGAGCUCCGUACAAUCAUCCGUGGGCUUAAGGGUAUCAAUCUCGUCUCGGCAGACAUUGUUGAGGUCGCUCCGGCCUACGACACGAAUGCGGAGCUCACCACGAUGGCCGCAGCUGAUACGCUGUAUGAGGUGAUGUCCUUGAUGGUGUUGGGAGGACCCCUGAGUGUGAAGGAGGAUGACAGCAGCACCGAAGAUGCGUGA